CUCUCUCUCUCUCUCUCUCUCUCUCUCUCUCUCUCUCUCUCUCUCGCUGCGCUCGCUGAUUCUAGAGUAUCCGGAUUGGAAGUGAGAGAUUCGCGUUUCCUGAAUUAUCAAGUGAAUUCAACUUCUCUUGCAGAUCUUUCAUUUAUUUCGUCCCGUUCUGGUGAUCUUCUUUUCGUAGUUAUUCCUUUGUUAGUUGUGAAUUAAGGAGUAAUUUUAUCGAUCUAUGGCGCUUGUAACGAUUAGAAUACUUUGCUUGUUCUGAAGCACCUUUUUGACGAUGGCUCUACUUCUGGCGUCACGUGACUGUGAAUAUGUUAUUAUCCCCAGCCGUACUGGCCAUUUUAUUUCAAUUUGUUCUUUUUUGGUGGUGUUUGUAGGGCUUUAUUGUGUCCUGAAUGAUUUUUAUUUAUUUUUCAUAGCAUUAAUCAGGGUAACUAGUCAAGAUUGAUCUUCUGUCAACCGCUUGCAGGUUUAAUUUUCGUCAAGCCAGCGUUAUUGGGGUUUUUUGAUUUCGUAGAAAGCUCUGAAUUUGAAAUUUUGAAGUAGAUAGCUAGUUUGUUUUCUUUGUUCAAAUGCUUCUAUUUUUGGUUUUCAUUCUGUUUCUAGUCGAAGAUGUUACAUUGAAUUAUUCCCGUGUGUUGAAUGUGUGAUCAGCUUUAGACUAUUAUUAAUUUAGGUUGUGUUGGAGUAGGUUCAUUUGACCUUAAAAUUCCAAAUCCAUUGUUUGCUUACAUAAUUGUUGGAACGUGGAAGCAUUUGGAUCUGGACCCAAAAAAUUGAAGGAUUUGAAAUGAGGCAAUGAGUAAACCUUCACCAGGGACAUUGAGGUCAUCCGCAGGUAAAAGAAGGUUGCAAGAGUUAUUGCGUCAAAGUGAUAAUCGUUUCUGUGCUGAUUGUGGUGCUCCAGACCCCAAGUGGGCGUCAGCCAAUAUUGGGGUGUUUAUAUGCUUAAAAUGCUGUGGUGUGCACAGAAGCCUUGGUGUACAUAUCUCAAAGGUGUUGUCUGUGACAUUAGAUGAAUGGUCUGAUGAUGAAAUUGAAGCAAUGAUUGAGGUUGGAGGGAAUGCUUCUGCUAAUUCCAUCUAUGAGGUUUCUAUUCCUCAGGGGUACUCAAAGCCUGGGCCUGAUUCUUGUAAUGAUGAACGUGUAAAGUUUAUCAGGUCUAAGUAUGAGCUGCAAGAAUUUUUGAAACCUAGCUUGCGGAUCUUGUCAGGAUCUUCCAAAAGUAACUCUAUUCAAUCAAGUUCAUCCAAAUCGAUUAUGGAGAGUUUUCAAAGUCCAUUUUCAUCACAGAAAACGGAAGGCAUGGUGGAAUUUAUUGGAUUGUUGAAGAUAAAAGUAUUAAAAGGCACAAAUUUAGCAGUCAGAGACAUGCUAUCAAGUGAUCCUUACGUUGUCUUGACUCUUGGCCAGCAGAAAGCUCAAACAAGUGUAAGGAAGAGCAACUUGAAUCCUGUUUGGAAUGAGGAACUCAUGCUUUCAGUUCCUCAGAAUUAUGGACCCUUAAAAGUGGAAGUGUACGAUCAUGACACGUUCUCAGCUGAUGAUGUUAUGGGGGAAGCUGAGGUCGAUAUCCAACCAAUGAUAACCUCAGCAAUGGCAUAUGGUGAUCCCGAAAUGUUUGGGAACAUGCAGAUUGGGAAAUGGCUGAAGUCGCAUGACAAUGCCCUCAAAGAGGACAGCAUUGUAAACAUAGUUGAUGGCAAGGUGAAGCAGGAAAUAUUCCUCAAGCUCCAGAAUGUGGAGUCCGGAGAGCUAGAUCUAGAACUAGAGUGGAUAGCGCUUGAUCAAUAGGGAUAAGCGUAAAGAACUAUUGCCCCUUUUACCAUUACCAAAUAGAACUCGAAUGUUGUAUUAUUGUUUGUACUUUGUAUGAAAACCAUGGCAAGCUGUUGCUUCCUUCUUUUGUAUUUAUCAUCAGUAUCAGUUGUCCCCAUUUCUGGAUA